UUAAAGGUGGCGGAUGCGGUGUACAGAACUGGUGCAGACUGGUUGACUCUGCCGCUGUGCGCUCUGCACUGACUGUACCAUAAUAAUGAGAGGAGCCGGGAUACUUAUAUAAAGCACUGCCGGGUGAAUUAUUAGUAAAUUGACCUUUCGUACAGUUGCCUAACGUUACCUGCUAGAACACGACAGUAUCAUCAGCCUUCGCAUGGAAGUGUUGUUUGUGUUUGACGUUAAUCUGCACAGAAUUGAGAAGAUACGACAAGACACCGGUUUGCGUUCAUAGGAAAUAUUCUUGUUCGGUCCUAUAAAUAACGUUCCGCUCGUACUUUAUGCAUUAUUCGUAAGUAAAGCCGUGUCAUACAAAUAUCAUGACCCUCACCCUUUAACUAGCCGGUAUCGGAACACAAUGACAUGGACGCAGCUACAAAUGACGUCUCCCACGCGAGUAGACUGCUUCUUUUCUACAACAGUGUUCACAUUACUGCAAAGGCAACUGGAUGAAAUGUGUAAUUAAUAUCGGAAUUUCUGAAAUGCCAGUGUGGAUGACGUUUAUAUGAGACAGUAAGAAUGUUUACCCUCACAGAAGUUGCCUCCCUAAAUGACAUCCAGCCAACCUAUCGAAUACUGAAACCAUGGUGGGACGUCUUCAUGGAUUACCUGGGUGUGGUCAUGCUUAUGCUGGCCAUAUUUGCCGGGACCAUGCAGUUAACCAAAGAUCAGGUAGUUUGCCUUCCUGUACUGGAAUCGUGGGAGGACCCCAAUUCCAUGUCACAGGAAAAGCCACCAGAGAAAGCCUUAGGCUCAGGGACAGGAGGCGACCAUAUGACAUUGGCAGCUGCCCCUUUGGCAAGCAAAGAACAAACCGACAGUGUUGUCCAGCAGAAACAUCUCCCACAAUCCUCUGCUGUCGGUCAUACUAAGCCUACAGGUCUUCGAACAAACCUGGAUUUUCAGCAGUACGUGUUUGUUAAUCAGAUGUGCUACCAUGUUGCCCUCCCAUGGUAUUCAAAGUACUUUCCAUAUCUCGCCCUCAUACACACUAUUGUACUUAUGGUAAGCAGUAACUUUUGGUUCAAGUAUCCAAAGACUAGUUCCAAAAUUGAGCAUUUUGUGUCUAUUUUGGGUAAGUGUUUUGAGUCCCCUUGGACUACCAAGGCAUUGUCAGAGACAGCCUGUGAGGACUCUGAAGAGAAUAAGCAAAGACUUACUGGAGCCUCUACAUUACCAAAACAUUUUUCCACCAGUAGUGAAGAGGGAAGUCCGAAUCAGUCGACACCCAUGCUCGGAAAAUCUGGUAUUAAGUUUUCUGCAGAGAAACCAGUCAUUGAAGUUCCAAGCAUGACUAUACUCGAUAAAAAAGAUGGAGAGCAGGCUAAAGCCCUUUUCGAGAAAGUAAGGAAGUUUCGAACACAUGUAGAGGACAGUGACUUGAUAUACAAACUGUAUGUAGCUCAGACUAUAAUAAAAACUGUCAAAUUUAUUUUGAUCCUAUGUUACACAAUGACGUUUGUCACAUCCAUUCAUUUUGACCAUGACUGUGAGCCAGACAUUAAACAUUUAACUGGCUACACCAAAUUCAAAUGUACCCAUAACAUGGCUCACAUGUUGAAAAAGCUCCUUGUUAGUUACAUUGUCCUCAUUUUCGUUUAUGGCUUGGUUUGCAUUUAUACACUGUUUUGGCUGUUUAGACGGCCUCUUAAGGAGUACUCCUUUGAGAAAGUUAGAGAGGAAAGCAGUUUUAGCGAUAUUCCAGAUGUAAAGAAUGACUUUGCUUUCCUCCUUCACAUGGUGGACCAGUAUGACCAGUUAUACUCAAAGCGAUUUGGUGUCUUUCUCUCAGAGGUAAGCGAGAACAAACUUCGGCAAAUCAGUUUAAACCACGAGUGGACAUUUGAGAAACUACGGCAACACGUGACUCGCAAUGCACAGGAUAAACUUGAGCUGCAUCUUUUCAUGCUCUCAGGUGUGCCUGAUGCAGUCUUCGACCUCACCGAUUUAGACGUCUUAAAACUAGAGCUAAUUCCUGAGGCACGGAUCACAGCAAAAAUUUCCCAGAUGGUCAACCUCCACGAGUUGCACUUUUACCACUGCCCCGCCAAAGUCGAACAGACUGCAUUUAGUUUUCUCCGUGAUCACCUACGGUGCCUUCAUGUUAAGUUUACAGAUGUAGCGGAGAUUCCCACCUGGGUUUACAUGCUAAAGAACUUGAAAGAACUAUACUUGGUGGGAAACCUGAACUCUGAGAACAACAAAAUGAUAGGAUUAGAGUCCCUCAGGGACCUGAGGCAUCUCAAGAUUCUACAUCUGAAGAGCAACCUCACCAAGAUUCCAACUAACAUCACAGACUUAUCACCCCAUCUGAUCAAACUUGUGGUACACAAUGAUGGUACUAAACUUGUGGUAUUAAACAUCUUGAAAAAGAUGAUGAACCUUGCUGAGCUUGAGCUGCAUAAUUGUGAACUGGAGAGGAUACCACAUGCGAUAUUCAGUUUGACCAACCUGCAGGAGUUGGACUUGAAAUCCAACAACAUUCGUACCAUUGAGGAGGUUAUCAGCUUUCAGCACCUCAAACGACUUAACUGCCUUAAACUAUGGCACAAUAAGAUUAUUGCCAUUCCGUUGUCCAUAAAUCAUGUCAAAAACCUUGAGUUUCUCUAUCUUUCACAUAACAAACUAGAGACCUUACCAACCACUCUGUUUAAUCUCCUCAAGCUGAGAUACCUGGAUGUAAGUCAUAACUCCAUUGUAGUGAUCCCUCCAGAUGUGGGCUUUCUUCAGAACCUUCAGCAUUUUGCUAUCACCGGAAACAAGGUGGACGUGGCGCCCAAGCAGCUGUUCAAAUGCACAAAGUUGCGUAAUCUGUCCCUCGGGCACAACUGCAUCUCUUUGCUGCCAGAGAAAAUUGGGCAGUUGUCACAGCUAACUCAUCUUGAGCUAAAAGGGAACUGCCUGGAUCGUCUGCCUGCACAACUUGGCCAAUGCCGGCUCUUGCGCCGAAGCGGCCUCAUUGUGGAGGACCACCUUUUUGAUUCACUUCCCCUAGAGGUCAAAGAGAGCAUCAGCCAGGAAACCAAUGCUACACUUGCAAACGGAGUGUGAUUGUAGGAUAGAAGAAAAUUAUUUAUUGGUUGUACUGCAAACAGUUAAAGGAAAGGGGAAAGUCACUGGGUGCUUCUCAAAAUGUAAAUUUCUGCUUCCUUGUUUUCUCACUCCACUAUUUUCAGCCUAUGACCUGGAAAUUAGGAUGCAAGUACAGGAAACUAGGAAGCACAAUUUGUGAAAUGAGAAGCAUUCAUUUAUUUUGUAGCUUUUUAUAUCCAGAACAAUUGGUCUAAACAUUUGGUUCAGUAUGAAAAGUUUUUUUUUAUCAGUCUCUGAACAGACAAAGCCCACAACAAAUUUCCAUUAAGCAAUAUGAAACUAGUGGAAUGUAACUAUGCUUAUGCAUAGAAAGAGAAAUAUCUGAAGGGUGUUUCAGUACUUUUCAAAUGUUUAGAAUUAUUAUGUCUGUCUUCAUGGUUAAAUUUUUUUUGUUAAGGUCUUUGCUUUGUUACAAUCAGAUUUUACUGUUACCAUUUCUGUUAAUUAAGCUGUCAGCUGUAAGCACAGUCUGCAUCACAUUGUAUGUUGUGGUUCAGUAAAAGACUGUAUGUAUUUUUUUGGAAGAGCUCAGAACAACUGACAUUUAUAACUCUUGGACAAAAGUGUUAAAAGAAAAAGUGAAAUACGAGUACUACCUGGUCAGCUUGCUAGAAUAAAACUUGUCUGGUUUUAGUGAAGUAUAGAAUGAAACCUCAAUGUUCACAUUUAGAACAGACUCCACAUAUCCAUCUUGAGGCUGAAUCAAACUCAAGCGUAUUUACAGCACAAUUUAGUUCUGGCCUGUUCCAUCUUUUGUGAAAAAUACUUUCCAGAGUUUUGCACAUUUAUGUUAACUCAGUAUCUUUAACUGAUGAUAGUGUCAUAAUGUUCCCCAUGCUUUUGCAGCAACAUCUAAUAAGCACAGCUAAAAUAAUACGGUGCAUUGCACAUUAGUGUCAAUACAUGAACAUGUUACCACUAACAUUUUUCAUUUGGUUACAAAAGUAAUACAAAAGUGACCAUGCUAUGAUGGAACAGGCCUUCUAAUGUGCAUACAAUGCAUGGUCCUUGCUGCUCACAAAAUAUAUUCUGAUGUCAUAUCUAUGACUACCAUCUGCUUUCAGAAACAGUUACCUGGUACUGACAAGUAAUGUUAUGUGUAUGUCACUGUUAGCACAACAUACUGUGCAUUGUGCAUGCUCAUGACUUAAAAACCCUAACCUAAACCUCAGUGGUUCUUUUUUAUUUCUCUAUGAACAAGAGUCACUAAUGUGUGAAAAAAAUUAUUCAGCUUUAUGGGUAAAACUGUAAUUGUGUCCUUCGUAUUUAUCAAAUGGCUUACUUGCUUUUCUGAAAUGCUGUUGGAUUGAAAGCUUGUAUCUCCAAAACUAACACUUUACAGAAAAUGAAAAAACCCCACUAUUUUCCCAAUAAACACUGUGUUGUCAAAGUUGACAAUCUCUUUUUAAAACUUCUUAUUGGUCAAUAUUAACAACAUCCAAAGACAAACAUGAAGGUGGACCAAUAGUAUGAUUUAUGAAAAAAUCUCGAAACUAUACUAAAUAGUAAAUGACGAGGCACCUGUCUGCUUCCUAUGCAGACGUGGAACUUAAUUAAUUUAAUUAAUUUGGAUAAUGUCGGUUGCUGUUGUUUUCUUUUGUUGAAAUUAAUAUGAUUUCAUGACAAACCAAGAGAAUAUGAACCUUUUUGUUCUUACCACAUUUCACAUAAGUUGUCUAGCCAUUUUGUGGAAUCACUGUAGCCACACUCAGCUACAUUCAUGCUUCUGAAAUGGUGCAGGGUCUAAUCUGUAAUUGAUAUCGUUGUGACCCUUCAAGAAUCAUCAGAUUUGAGGUAUUACCAGGCUUUAAAAUCAUUCAUGUUUAAAACAUGUGUGACUAACAAAUAAUUUUAAAAUAUUGAUUUAGAUGACUUUUAUUGUGAUUCCGGUGAUUUACAUUAAAAUACUAUGUUUGGGAAACAUGAAGGAAUUACAGACAAAUCAUGAUUUGUUUGAAAAUCUGUUUUAUUUAUGUAGAAUUUAUUAAUUUUCUAUAGCCUAGUGUAACUAUAAUAAAUCUAUUGAUUCGACCCAAAUUAAAUGAUGUGUACUUUGAGGUUCAUGAAACACUUAAGGUCAUUCCAACUGAUAUUUUGGAAUAGUGACAAAUGUUCAUGUUUUCUUUUUCAGCAACUUUAAGGUUUAAUUCUCUUUGACCUUGAAUGUAGCCUAAUGCAUCCCUUGCUGUUUUAGCCUUUCCCUUUUUGAUGGAAAGGAGAAUGAAGUAAGCCUGCUUUGCUCCAAAUCGUAUGUUUUAAAAAUGUUUGAC